CUCAAUUAAAUUUUGCAAUGGCCUCCCUCUCUUCCUCUGCAAAACCCUAAACCCAAAAUCAAUACCAGAGCCUAUCUGUCUUCGUCUGAGCUCUGUAAAGAGAAAUUGGCAGUGAAGAAGCCAAAACGAUGUCGUCCAGUAACGAAAAUACGACCUCAAGCUCUGGGUCUGAGCAAUCAGAUUCUAGAAACGACACACUGGAUUUCAUAGAGAAGCUCUCAGAUGUGCCAAUGGGGAAGCUACCUCCACACAUCGAUUUCCAGAGGACACGUGUCGAUUGCAAGGCUGAUGCUCCCAUUCACACUGAUACGUUUCAAUACUCUGGUGCUUAUGCAUCGAUGGGAGUGGAUAAUAGCUUGUUGGAUAGCUUCUCGAGCAACUUUAGAGUUGAGGUGAUUCGUCUCGAAAAGGAUGAAAUGGAGUUUGAUAUGAUUGGUAUUGAUCCGGCUAUUGCCAAUGCGUUCAGGAGGAUCCUCAUAGCUGAGGUUCCCACGAUGGCUAUUGAAAGAGUUCUUAUUGCAAAUAAUACAUCAGUAAUCCAAGAUGAAGUCCUUUCCCACAGAUUGGGUCUUAUUCCAAUCAAGGCUGAUCCAAGAUUGUUUGAAUUUACAGAAAAUAAUGCGGCAAAUGAAAAGAACACCAUUGUUUUUGGGCUCAAAGUGAGGUGUGAAAAACAAGGUAAACGAAAGGGACCAAAACGGGAGGGGCAAGAACAAGAUGGACAAACACGUAUCACAGUCAAGUCAAAAGAUUUGGUUUGGUUGCCAAAUGGGAGUAACUUUGCCUUGGAAUCAGAAGGUUCAAGUUCAAAUUCAUCCUCAAAACCAAAAACCUACACAUCAUUUACUUGCAGCCAGGAUUCCCUGCCAGAAUUUUCAUCCAAUCCAGUUGGUCCGACAGAUGGAGAUAUUACAAUUGCUAGACUAGGCCCUGGCCAGGAAAUUGAACUGGAAGCACUUGCUGUUAAGGGCAUUGGCAAAACACAUGCAAAAUGGUCCCCAGUUGCCCCUGCUUGGUAUAGGAUGCUUCCGGAGGUUAUCAUUCUGAAAGAUAUUGAAGAUGAGCUGGCUGAGAAACUUGUGGCAACAUGCCCAGUCAAGGUGUUUGAUAUUGAAGACAUUGGCAAUGGUAAAAAAAGGGCUACUGUAGCUAGACCACGAAAAUGCACACUGUGUAGGGAGUGCAUCAGAGAAGGGAAGGGAUGGGAGGAUUCUUUGUCAUUACGACGUGUCAAGGAUCAUUUCAUUUUUACUAUUGAAUCAACUGGGGUAUUACCACCUGAAGUGCUAUUUACUGAGGCUGUGAAGAUACUGCAAGACAAGUGUGAACGUGCUAUUACUGAUCUUUGUUGAUCAUGCCUGUAUUUCUUUUGUGUAGACGGAAACUGAAGCAAGAAAAAACUGAUUAUAUUCUGAUGAGAUCAAAAGUCCACUGCUUUUAACAUUUAUCUAUUUUCCAUUUAU